AUGGACGAACGAUAUGAUAAACUAAUCUCGUCUUUCUUAGAAAUCGCUGUCGGUCAGACCGUCGAAACCGCAACAAGGUUCCUAGAGACAACGAAUUGGAACAUAGAAGAAGCCAUCAAUCUCUUUCUCUUCGACAACAACUAUGAUCCUUCGAUGUAUCACGACUCGGCUAGGGCACGUACUUCUGAUGAUACCUCCGAGUCCGACGAUUCGACAACAUCUGAUGAACAAGAACUAGAUUCUAGAUUGUCUUCACGUCCUCCUCCAAAUCUGCUUUUCGAGGGUUCGUUUCAAGAAGCGAAAUCAACUUCCUCGGAAGAGAAUCUAUGGUUGAUAGUGAAUCUCCAAUCGAGAAAAGAGUUCGCUUCUCAUACGCUUAAUCGAGAUUUAUGGUCAAACGAAGCUGUUUCGGAAACAGUUGAAGCAGGAUUCAUGUUAUGGCAAGUGUAUGAUCAUACAAUCGAAGGUCAGAAAUUCUCAGGCUUCUACAGAAUCGGAUGUGCUCCUCCAGUGGUGCUUGUGAUCGAUCCCAUCACUGGUCAGAAGAUGCGAAUGUGGAGCGGCGAGAUUGAAGCUCAGAGUUUUGUCGAAGAUUUGUCGCGGUUUAUGGAGGCAAACAUUGGUUUUUCAAGCAACAAAAACGAUCAAGCCCCUGCUCCUUCUUGGGUUGAAGAGUUUGAAAAGGAAGAUACUUGUUCGUCAAGCAACCACAUCAAUCAAGUCGCGGGUUCUUCAGGUGAAGACUUUCAAAAGGAUAAUACUUGGUCCUCAAGCAACAUCAUCCAGCAAACCGUGGCUUCUUCUUGCGUUGAAGAGUUUGAAAACAUGGAGCCUUGGUCAUCAAACAACAACUAUGAUCACAUCGUGACUCCAUCUUGGGAGCCCGAAUUUGAAGAUUCUUCAGAAGUAGAAGAGGAGGAGAGUGAUUGUUUAGACUUCUCAGAUUUGACAGAAGAGCCAAAAGGAGAUUGUGAUCGAAUUUUGUGUAGUCUCUGCGUUCGGUUUCCAGAUGGGAGAAGAAAGCAAAGGAGAUUUCUCAAGAGCGAACCAGUUCAGCUUCUCUGGUCCUUCUGUUAUUCUCAGAUGGAGGAAUCCGAGAAAAAGGCGUUUAAACUGGUACAAGCGAUUCCUGGUGCUUCCAAGACUUUAGAUUAUGGAGCUAACACGACUUUUGAUCAAUCUGGCCUCGCUAAUUCGAUGAUCUCGGUUACUUGGGAGUGA